AUGGAGGUAAAAAUGGAAAAAGAAAAUUAAUUACAGGAAACCUCAUUGCAAAGUUCUAUUAAGUAGUCUUCUUAAAGACCACUCACUGUAUUUCCUUCUCUUAAUUCAAAGGUGCCAAACUUAAUUGAAAAAGCUUAGAGCAGUAGAAGCUCAGGAGGCUCUAAAAGUGAAGACAUUUGUGAGAAUUGCCAAAAAACAAAAGUUUGUAUUUAACAAAAAUGCAUCGAAAGUUAAGAAGUGAAUUUUUGCUGCGAGAAGUGCUAUAAGAAGAAACAUGCAGAUCAUUUUAAGGAUUUUGUAAUUGAUAUAUCAUCAAUAGAUUCAUAGAUCCGUAAACUUCAUUAAGAAGUAAUUGAUGGCCCUUUAUUUCGCUUAGCCACAGAUUUAAAAGAGAUGUUUAAAGAUUUUAAUGAUUUUAAAAAGCUAUUUCCGUAAAUAUAAGAAAUACCUAUUGUUGAAUUUGCUUUACAUUCUAAAAGAAUUAAUUAAGCUAAUGUAAAGUAAUAAAAAGAAGAUUAUGAUAAAAUGAGAAAAGAAUCUAUUAAAAAUGCUAUUAAGAUAUCAAAAAUUGAAAAAAAAAGUUCUAAGUUAAAACUUCAUAUUGACGAGAUAGAAAUAGAGAAUAACACCUUCGCCCUACUGAAAAGAUACGAAGAUAUCAUAUAGCAACAGUAGCUCAAGCUAGAUGAGUUCAAGGAGAGAACAAACAAAAUAUUUUAAGAUAUCAGAAAAGCUAUACCUCCUACCAAUAAUGUUUAUUAUACUUCUUUGGCUAUUGGUAGUAAACCAGUUAGAUUCUUGGAAAAGGAUACAACAUCAUUUUAAAAAGAGAAGAACAGUUUCUAAAGUAACAAUAAUUAUAAUUCUACUCAAGAAAGGGAUGACGAACUAUUAAGUUAUAAUAAUAACAGUACUUUAAAUAGUUAUAAUAGCAACAAUAACAAUAGUUUUAAUAAUCAAUAAUUUAAUUUCAAUAAUCAAUUGAAUCAACAUGGCUAACUAAUAAAUAGUAGUUCUAGUUUAAUGAUGGUUUCUCAGGUUGAAUAAAAUAAUAUUUUCAAUAACACUUAGGUAAUUAAAAAGGGAGUUGAAAAUUUAGAAAAUAAUAAUCAACCAUUCAUAUAUUAAAACUAGUGCUAUAGUAAUAGUAUUAGUAACUAGAGAUUUGACAGUAAUAGUAAUAGUAAAAGGUUUACAAGUGAUAUUUUAAAUUUCUAGCCUUUGCUUGAAAAAUAAUUAUAAGAUUAGUAUGAACAAUACACUCAAUAAAAAUUAGAAGCCAUAAGCUAAACUGGCCCAAAUAGCAAUCAUAAACCAUUAAGCAGAAGUGUAAAUAAUUUAUUUAGUGAGAGUAACUAAAAUAAUAACAGUAUAAGCUAUAGCAAUUCUAACAUAGAUCAACUUAGAUCAACUCCUUAUAAAUAAUAAAAAACUUAAAAGAAAAUCAAUGAAUAUUUUGUUUCUAAUAAAAACCCUAAGGGCUAAGUUAAACAAGAAGAGUAAAAUCAAAUAAAAUAAACUCUCCUUUAAGAUGAAAAGUUUAUUUAAUAGCAGCAAUAAUAACUUCUUUUUUACUAAUAGUAAAAGGACAAAUAGAUACAAGAUUAAUAAAAACUUCAAGCAUAAAAAUAAUUAUUACAAACUAUUUAACCUAAUAAAUAGAAUAACACCAUUUAGCAAGAAUUUUAAAAUUUAUAAAAAAAGUAGUAGUUAUAGCUGCAAUAGCAAUAACAUCAGUUGCUAUUUAAAAAUCAAUCAAUAUAGCAGUAGUAGUAGUAACAGCAACAAUAGCCUGACGUUCAAUAAAUACCUGUUUUAAAGCAAGAGUCAGUAGGUUAGAAAUUAGAAACCAAUAUUUUGUUACCAAAUAAAAAAGUUGAUAAUGUAUUUAUGAAAAAUGAUGCUUUUCUAAUAGACGAACUAAUGAAGUUAACAUAGUCAACUGUUUACACAUAAAAUGAAGACGAAAACGAUUUAAGAAAAUCACCUUCAUUUUAGGCAUUUACAAACUCAUAGCUCAAUUCAUUCCCAAACAACAAAUCUUUAACAGAUAGUUACAUAAAGGAUAAAUUAAUUACAAACUAAAUUAUUAUUGAAGAAUCAUAAGAAUCAAAUACAAAUAAAUUUAAGUAACCAACUGUUCUAAAUUCAUUAGAUCUUCUCUGUUAGGAAUAGCUUUCAGAUGUUAAUGAGUAAAGUAAUUCAAUUUAAAUAGAAGUAAAUGUUAGCGAUUAAAAAUAAACAAAACAGUCAGAAAUAAAUAUUAAUUAAACAAGUUAAAAACAAAAACCGAAUAUUAUCUCUAUACCUUCAACUUCAUCUCUUUCUUCUGUUUCAAAAUAAGAGGUAAAUGAAGCAAAAGUGUUCUAUCAAUAAACAUUUGGAGCUUAACCUGAUUAGCCUAAGGAAGAUUAAUAAAUUGCCCCUUCGUAAGAUUUUUAUUGUUGGGAAACUAUGACAGAUACAUAAAAUAAAGAUAAAAAUAAAUGA